CGCGUUUCCACACGAGUGGAACAUCGAUGAUCGUUACUCGACUACCUAUUCCUGGAUUACUUCGAAAGUAGACUGACAUGAAUCGCGACUAUUCGCCUCGUUUUUAUCGUUUUUUACCAUGAUUCCCUCCUCGGUCAGCCUCGCGGAGCUGCGGCAACGCAUGGAUGAAGUAGCGCGUUUUCUCGCGGCCACUCUGAGCAUCGCAAACGCGCACACGGUGGAGUUUUACACACACGACGUGUGGAGUCGUUUCAUGGCCGUGCCGCCUGAGGAGGUGCUGAAUGCAAUUGGCAUAAGUGGCCGCCAGAGGGAGCCAGACGUCCAAAAACAAAAACAAUCGAGGACCACAUUCGGGUUUUGCCAAGACGCAAACAGGCUGGUUGACCCACAUGAACUCUUGCGUUCAGCCAAGGCCCACUCACUUCCCGGCCUGGGGGUCUGCACGAGCCGGGAUGAGCUUUUGGAGGCCCUCAGACGAAAGCCCUCGGAGUUAGGCACUGAUAUGGUUGUCGAAUUAGACCCGGAUGAGUUCAUGAACAUAAAAAAGUCGCAUGAGGUGCAGUCAAUGGCUGAGGUAGUGGACUGUUUGGCCAAGCGCUGUAGAGUCAAACAGGUUAUCGACGUGGGCUCAGGGAAGGGCUACCUGAGCUCCUUCCUCUCCAUGCAGCACGGCCUUCGAGUCUUCGGCAUUGACUCGUCCAGCAUCAACACCCACGGGGCCCAGGAGAGGAACCGCAAAUUGAAAAAGUUCUCCAAGGUGUACCAGAAACACAGGAAGGCUGCAGAAGCAGAGAAAGACGUACCACAAAUCAAAGAUGCAGAAGAUGGAAAUGAACCACAGGAGGCUGAGGUCCAGACCCCAGACCUGAACACCAGCGAGGAGCUCUUCUUGAGUGCCAUGUCGUUGGAGGUGGAACAGUCCGGCAAGGUCUCACUGACCGAUGAGGAGAGGCAGAGGAGGAAGAUGGAGAACCUCCAGAAGAAAGCCCAGAUCAGAAGCGGCGCCACCGGCGCCGUCUUUUCUCCGCUCACGUCCUACGUUACCGCCGAAACGGAGCUGAGGGAGCUCAUCGAGGAGCUUGAGGACGCGGUCCUGGUGGGCCUGCACACGUGCGGCGACUUGGCACCGAGCAUGCUCCGAAUGUUCGCGGCCAAAGCGGAGCUGCUCGCCGUCUGCGGCGUGGGAUGCUGCUACAACAAACUCUCGGAGGAGUUCGAACCCGACACGCAGGAGAGUUCGCGUGGUGCUUUCGGGUUCCCUCUGAGUCAGCACCUCCGCCGCCGCUCGUGGUUCUGCGGCCGAAACGCCAGGAUGUCGGCGUGCUUGGCGCUGGAAAGAGUUGCAGUGGGCCACGGGAUUCAGAUGGAUUCACUGUUCUACCGGGCAGUCCUGCAUGUUAUUCUCCGGGAUCAUUACGGCGCCUAUAAAAGCGAAAAGCGAGUGGGGAACGUCUACUCCAAGGCGAAAUCUUUUGUGGAUUACGUGCGACGGGCUCUUCGCAAGCUGGACCUGGAUGAUUCCAAGCUCUCCGACGAGGACAUUCAGCGGUACCACGACGUGCACGCGCCUCGCCGGCCAGAAAUGCACGCUUUCAAUCUGUUGAAGGUGACCCUGGCUCCUUGCAUUGAAGGCCUCAUUCUCAUGGACCGCCUCUGCUACCUGAAAGAGCAGGAUGAGGGAUCCUUUUCCGCUUUGGUGCAACUGUUCGACCCGCUUCUGUCGCCGAGAUGUUACGCCAUCGUCGCGCUGAAGGGGUGACGUGCAGCGCUAUUUUUGUACAUCGCUAAUUGAUUCUAUGACAAGAACUUUAGUCAUAAAGGGAGAUUUUUUUUUUCUUCUGAACAGAUAGUGUCGCUUUUCAAGUCAUGCAACACGUGCUGGACAACAUCUGGAAAAAAAAAAAAAAAGCACCAGUCUUGUUUGAUUGAGCUGUGUAAUUUUUUUUAUUUUUUUUUCAUCUUGAGGCUGGAAGGGUGUCUCAAAAAACGCUCGUAGCCGCUGAGCCCUUUCGGGGGAGUUUUAAAGCGAAACCUGGAUGGCCACGCGAGUCUGGAAAGAACAUCGCGAGGCUCCCCGGCGUCGGAGGAAGAGGCCUUGACCUCUUUAAUCUGUACAGCUGUUUUGCUCGCUCCCUCGAUAAAUCUUUACAUGCUUGGAAACCAAUAUUGUCGAGGUCGCAGACGCAUGAAUUAUGAAUGGAAUCGAACUUCGUGUGGAGCUGCAGCAUUGGCGGCGACCGCAACCGUCUGAUUGCCGCUUUUGCUCGAUUCCGAAUGGAUUUUCACACUCGCGGGCGGGAAACGUUGCCAAGAAUGCUUCGAAAUGACGUCCAAUAAAUAUGAUUGAAGUCAUUCAAAACAAAAAUGAGGGGGGCUUCUUGUCACGCACAUCAGAGGCGGGUUUUGGCUUCACGCUUAAUAUUGAGACCGUCGACGGAAAGCGAGGCUCAGCCCCCGCAGCUGUGAUUACCCGUUUCCUGCGCGAUGUUUAUCUGCAGGGGUGAAGAAGCAGUGGUUCCGGAGUAAAUAGCACGGAGGGGGGAAAUGACUCGCUAUGUUUGGCCUACAGCGCGUCGUAUCGGCGGAUAUAUCGACGGAAAUGCUCUCCGUGGCAAAAGUUUGAUUGUUUUUUUUUAUUUUUUUUUUUUCCCACGCCGCUCUGAAAUUAGAUUCGGGAUAUUUGACGAACGGGCGGCCAUCGCAAAAGGGAAGUGAAUUGAAACAUCGAAGAGGCCACAGAAAUGUGCAAAAGAAGACGUGUUUGAGAUAUAAUAUUGAUAGUCACCCCCCUAUGUUCAGCUUAUUUAUAAUUGUGGCAAUGUUGUUCCUAAUCCCUAAUCACUUUGGCUGGCUGUAAAACGGGAGCCUGCCCUUUCCCCCUCCCGUCCUCGCGGGUUCAAAUGAGGGUAGACUUUGAAUUCUUGGCUCUGUGCUGGAAGAUAGCGAGGAAUCCCAAAACCGAGCGCCGGCGAAGCAAACACCGCUUAAUGAGUUGCUCCGAAGCCAAGGUUACAAAUGUGUCACUAACCUCCGCCUGCCCUCGGUGCAUCCUGCUCCAUCUGCUUUGCUUUUCCUAUUGGGCUCUUGUUCCAUCACGCCUGGCCCCCCGAUCGUGGGACAAGCUUUUGGUCCAUCUGGCGGUCAGCGGGUCCAACCUGGCGUCCAUCCGCAACCUCGACAAACAGAGGACAAAGAUGCAUUGGCGGCUGUGGAAAUAAGAAGUCUACACAC